CCCUUAUUUGUAUUUCUAGGCAUGUCUCUGGUUCAUUAGCUCCGGGGGACUCAGACACAAAACUGCAGGUGCCAUGGGAGCAUUCGGGAAAUUCAAGUUUAUUGCAUUUUUGGGAUCUAUGAUUUAUGUAAUGUUUUCUUACAGAAACUACACGUCUCAAGAAAAAAGAGCAGAGAAGAUCCAUCAGCGACAGGAACUAAGAAAGCAGCUGCUAAAAGAACUCUGUCAUGGUGACAAACAGGCUUUUACUCCAAUGAAUCGAAAUUUAGAAAACAUGGAUCACAGAGAACUGAAGCAUUUCAUUGUGGAUGACAAACAUGGCAUCAUCUACUGUUACAUUCCCAAGGUGGCGUGUACCCACUGGAAGAGUGUGAUGUAUGUUCUUAACCAGAGUGAGCCAUAUCCUGACCUCACAUCCCUCCAAAAUGUCUCAGUCCACACUCCGAACAUGUUCCCCCUCCUCAGCAGCUUUUCAAAAACCGAGAUUAAGGUGAAGCUUAAGCAUUACACCAAGUUCCUGUUUGUCCGUGACCCAUUUGUCCGUCUCAUCUCUGCCUACCGGGACAAGUUCGGAAUAAAAAAUCAAUAUUUCUAUGAGCUUUUUGGCAGGGACAUUCUGCGUCUCUAUGGUAACGAAACUAAUCCACCAAAGACAGCCCAGGAGGCGUUAGCAUCAGGUCUGCGCCCCUCAUUUCACAACUUCAUUCAGUACCUACUGGACCCAAAGACCGAGAAGAAGGUGCCCUUUGAGCCCCACUGGAGGCAGAUGCAUCGCCUGUGUCACCCCUGCCUCAUACAGUAUGAUUUUGUUGGCCACCAGGAGACUCUUCAGGAAGAUGCUCAGCAGCUUCUAGAGAUCUUGAAGCUGCACAAGGACAUUAAAUUCCCUCCCUCGUAUGUAAACAUGACGUCUCCCGACUCUGUCAUGAACUGGUUCAGAACGGUUCCUCUGGAGGACAGGAGGAGGCUGUACAAACUUUAUGAGAGGGACUUUAAACUUUUUGGCUACCGAAGGCCAUAUGAACUGCUCGAUGGUUGAGAUGAAAGCUUUAAACAGUUUGCACCUGGAAGACGUUGUAGAUUAUGAAUCGUGAAGAGUGGAGUUGUGAUUAGAUGAGAAGAUGUGAGUUCUGGAAGUUCUAAAUAGUGCUGGCCAUUUUACCCAAAUAGUAAUCACAUGAAAAUAACAAAAGAAAUGUAUUCUGAAGAGUUGAAAAAGAAAGGAAAUAAAGAUGCUGGCUUUAGGUGAUGGCUUUACACAUAAUUUCAUAAAUGUCACUAAACCAUUGGGUCACAGGGGUGGAUAAGUUUGAAGAGAACCAGGAUGAUCACCUAAGUAGAUGUCCAUUUCAUUACAACACCGAAAAUGACUGACCUAUUACAUUAUAUUAAAUGGAUCUAUUUAGCUUGAAGAAACUUUGACCUAUAUAUGUUUUAAAACAUUUUAGUUUAAGAAGAAUUACCUGCUUUCUACCUCAGUGUACUUUUCUGCUGUGUUAAUGCAACGAGACAAAAGGCCCAAGAAUGUAUGCGGACCUUCAGCAAACUCCUGCAUCCCCAAAAAAGCUCUUAAAAACAGUUUUUCUCCAAAUGUCGCUUUGGUUUGAGCACAAUUCGACUACUUUCAUAGUUUAAAAAAAAAGUGUUUUUGAGCCUCGAAGGAACAUCUUAAUUUUGAUAAAUUGAGACUACUUGGCAACUGAUGUGAUGCUCUUGAGAUGCCAUAUCUAAAGAUGAAGGUGUGGAUAAGAGUGAAGACCAUGGCGAUGGUGCGGUCUGUGUGCCUCCUCCCCUCUUGACUCUUGUUUUACGUGGCGCGGUGUCCGAUCACCUCACCCUAAUGAACAAACCGCCUCGGCUUCCAAACAUCAGAGAGGAAGGUUGGUUUCCCAGGAAAAACCUAAAGUUUUUAAAUGCAUGCACAGUGUCCAUUCCUUACUGUAAACAUCAGCUGCUAAGCCAUCGUUAGUCUGACAAUCUCCUACUUAGACUGACAAUAACUAUAAUCUUGUUUUUCCUGAUUUGGUUGGUUAUGAAUGUCAAGCUGUGCCUUAUUUUUUUUAUCACUAACCUCAUACAUAAACAGGUCCCAGGAUUGAAAGCUAAAGGCUAAAAACAGAACAAACAGAACCAUAAAACCGGCUCAUUACAGCAUCGUGACUGAACAGUUUUGGAAAGCAGAGUACAUGAAUACAACAUAUGCAUAUUUCACAUAUUUCUGUUUUCCAGAAAUAUAAAAUGUAGAUGUACUUGCUGUGAGGUGGUUCAUAAAGACAUUUCAGAUAUCCUGUAAAUCAUACAGGGCAAUUAUAACUACUGUCCAACCUGUAAAAAGUUAAUCAUUAUAAGUUUAUCAUAUGUGAUCAUACAAAGCUUCUUACUUCAUUAAAACGUUCUCUUUUAUAUAAUUGUGUAAUAAAGAUGUAGUUACGAAAUUAA